AUGAAUGCCGCGCACAUAUUCCGCCAAGGCCUAGGCGCUGUUCCACCCCGAGCCAAUACCACCUUCAACCCACUUGCCGGACAGUCGGCAGAACUCGACGAUCUCUCCGAUGCUGAGGGAUCUGAACAUCGCCGCAAAACUCGAUGUGAUCCGACCCUCCCGCGUUGUCUCCCCUGUGAACGGUCCGGCUCGAUAUGCGAGUAUCUUGACGCCGCCAAAGGCCGGAAGAUAAACCGUUAUUAUGUCAUCAAGCUGCAGGACAAAGUACGCGCGUUAGAGGCAGAGCUCGACCACUAUACCAACGAAGCCGCCGACUAUCCCAAAAGCAGCGAAGACAUUGUUCGCCCAGGUGGCAUGAUCCGCCUGAGCGUGAAUGAUGAGAUACCUCGCUACCUGGGACCCAGCAGUGGUAUUGCUUUGACCCGUCUCUUGAUGGAAGAAGCGAAGCGCUUCACAGACUCCAAGAGCAUCGGCGAACUGAUCCCCGAGGUCCGCGCCAGACGCCAGGCGCGCAUGCAGUCCAUUCAAAUGACUGGAACCGGCACCCUAACAGGUCAUAAGAGGAGCUAUCCUAUGGUAUCCGAGGUUCCUGCCGAGAGUCUGCCCAAGCGCGUCGUUGCCGACAAGCUCAUUGACGCCUUUUACCAGAAAAAUUUUGAGCAAGACGUUGAUGCUGUCUACAACGGAGAUACUGACCCAUAUCGCAACUUCGUCGUCCGUAUGGUCUUUGGUGUCUCGCUCCAGAGGAUGGAGCAGUACGCUGGACUCGCCGACAGUUAUUACAUGGCCGCCAUGCAGUAUUUCAAAGAUGUUGUACGCCCAAAAGAUCUGAAGACGCUACAGUGUCUCAUAUUAGUCGCAGCAUACUCGCUGCACACCCCCGCACGGAACCCAAUCUAUGCCGUCAUUGGCCUCGCCGUGCGUAUCUGUCAACAAGAGGGGCUGACCGAGGAGAAGACAAUCACAGCCGGCUACAAUCUAGACGCCAAAACGAUUGACAUGAGACGCCGACUCGUUUGGAUGGUUGCCACGUUUGAAUUUGCCCUUUCACAUUACAUGGGCCGUCCGUCGUCCUUCGCGAAAGGCGGGGAUCGCUUAGACGUUGAUUGGUUUGCUACUGUCAAGGACGAAAAUAUUACAGAACACGGCAUCACGGCUGGACCAACCGACUACAGAAAAACGAACACAAUACACAUGUAUAAGUUGCGUUCCAUCGAAUGCGAAAUCAGAAGGACCUUGUACGAAAGAAAGCGCCCCGAGCCGGUCAAUGAUACCCACCCAUGGUAUCAAAGCAUAGACAAACGACUUGACGACUGGGUCAAGUCACGGUCGGAAGAGAUUGCCUGGACCAAGGCUUGGUACUUUGGAGCAUAUCACCAGUCUCGCAUGUUCCUGUAUCGCCCCUCGCCUCAAGUACCAAAGCCCUCGGCUGGCGCUGCGCAAAUCUGUUUCGAUAGUGCCGCCUUUGUGCUUACACUAUCCAAGAGGCAAAUCGAAACGUCAGCUCUGGACUCGACCUGGAUGUUCCUUCUCAAUCUCUCUACCGCUCUCAACACGCUCCUGUGGUCUAUUUCCUAUCCCGAUGUUCGACAAGCGCAUAGCAGAGAAGAAACCGACGAGCUCAUCAAUUCUGGUCUGGACUCACUCGACAACUGUUCAGCCCGCUGGCCAGGGGCAGCAGCCACUGCACAACUCUAUACUAUUCUAUCAAAGGCCUGUUUGCAAAGCUACGAGGAUGGGCAAUUUAAUCCCCUGUUUUCCUUUGCUAGCCCUUCAAAUGGUACAGACAUAGCGUCUCCGCCCAUUGCCAACCAAGCAGCCGACGGCCAGUCACAGGUGCAAUUCCUGAAUCCCCCUCAGUUUGGCUGGGCUUUUGACUCGCCCCCGGAAUCCAUGAAUGCAUAUACGUUUGACCCCAACUUUCCUCCACCGCAGCCGGCGUUUCGAUCCAACUCGAUCUUCUGUAACCCGGCAACGGACUCUAGCGGGCGCCGAUUCUCAUAUUUCCCGCCUGAUAUCAGCCAGCCGGGUGAGGGUAUCAUGGAGCAACCUGCAUCAUUUAUGCCGGCUCAGCAGCAACAUACACAACAACAGCAGCAGCAGCAGCAGCAGCAACAACAACAACAGCAGCAGCAUAACCAGCAGCAGCAGCAUAACCAGCAGCAGCAGCAACAACAACAGCAGCAGCAGCAGCAACAGCAACAACAUCAACAGCAACAGCAACAGCAACAGCAACAGCGCCAUCGCCACCCCCAACAGCAGCACCAGCAGUCGCAACCGCCAUCACAGCACCCUACACCUAGCCACUCCGACCAAAUGAGCAAUCACAUGCCGACGCCCCCCGAGUCACUCGCCCCCCAAACCAGUCUGUCCGCCACGACACCCAACUCUGCCUUUACGCCCCCUGGCAUGAGCCUGACCACACCCAACAUGGUGGAAGCGUCACUGGCGUCCAUGACCGUAGCCACGGGGGGCGGCUCGGCGCACAUGACGCCACCGCUACCGCAUAAGAACCACGGCCUCCAGGGCCCCGGAGACCCCGCGGCCAUGCCCCGCGCCGGCCCUGGUCUGACAGACCAGAAGCCGCUGCCCACGGCCACCACAAUGGCGCCCGGCGGCGACUGGUACGCGCCCAUGCCGCAAUUUAUCUCCCCCUACACCAUUGGUCAGAUGAGCAGCAGCAGCUUCCUUGACGAGUCGCUCAGCGGCGUCGACCCGAGCGCCUUUAGCCCCGCGGGCCAGCACAACGCCGCCGCCAUGGCCGGCAUGCCUACCAUGGCCUCCCCUAUUGACAAUAAUCUAUCACCGUAUGGCUACAUGCCGGGCCGCCAUGGCAGCCUCUCCCAGUCGCAGCAGCUGGAGCUCAUGAAUGUUUUUGAGAGGGAGGGCGUGAGCGAGCUCGACGCCAUGCUCAACUCGGCCAAUAACAUUUCGGUCGAUACAAGCUGGUAUUAG